UGUGGAGUCUUUCAGGGAGGGUAGCCGUGUAUCCGUUGUGGAACAGGCUGGCUUGUGCCCGAGAAUAUAUGCCGUCGAACAAACUCUUCUCGUACCAGAUAUCGGUGAAAGUCCGCAAUGUUGCGUCGCGUCGUUCUCCGCGGCAAAAGUGCAACGGUGCGGUUGUGUAUUCCUUUCAAAUCUGAAUUUCAUUGACAAGUGCUCGUCCAAGUUCCACGUAUUUUUUCCCCGUAAAAUGAUUACGCUGUUGAAUCAUCUACCUGUGUCGCCUGUGAGUCCCCGUCCAGAUGGCGUGUUCGUUAUUGCGUGAAAGCGUUGAGCGUUCAUUUGAAAGCCGUAGGCAUCGUCACCGCCCGUUGGAUUACCUGACAAAUUCUUCUCUACCUGAAUUAUCAAGCACUUAUUAAACGACGUGAAUAUUUUUUUUUUUUUUAUAAUAACACUCUUUCAUUGAUGUGUGUUCGGAUUUCAUCGUGCUGUGUUGUCUUCUUCGUUUUAUUCGUUUAGAUAAAUUUGAAACGGAAAGAAGUGACGAAUACAAUUUUUCCAAGAGUAUGAUUUUUCCGAAAAAUCGUCAGACGACUGGAUCCUACGAAGAGCGAAACGUACUUUCCAGUUCCGGUGGGGUCGCCGGAAGUAACUGAGCGUGACGGUGACGGGGCUAACGGAAAAACGUGGGAACUCGCAUCGCGCAGCACUCCAUUACUGCAGUUGGUCCACACUAAACGAAGUUGUGGAUAAUCGCAUUAUACACUUUGCGACAAAUGUUGCUCUAUCGCGAGAAAACUUUGAUCGCGAGCUACCAUCGUGUUUAAGUCCUACCUCGCGGUACACACGAAGACGUAGAGCGCAGCACAAAAGAGCCGUACGAAAAAAAAGAAAGAGGAAAAAAUUAACGGAAGAGAUCAACUUGUUUGUUGUUGGAACGAUGCCUCAAUUGCCUCGUCGGAAGCACUCUACAGCUAUGCAAUUAGAUGGGUAGGAAAUUGUAUCGAUUAAACUGUAAAGGAUUCACGAUAAGGGAAUUCGCAAGGGAGCGAGUCCAUAAAAUACACCGAAGUCUUCUUCCGCCGUGACCUUAUUAAUUAGCGCAUUAAGGCAACGCGAAGUCAGUUUAAUUGAAUGCGCACGCGGUAUCUCUCGAACUCCGUGAGGAAAGAUCCAAACUGCAGGAUUUAAAUGCCAGAUACUCGAAAGUUUAACGGAGUUAGUUCUAGUCUCAAAUGAGUUUCCGAUCGUCUAGAUAAAAUUUUCGUUUAUUCAGUCGAAAAAUUUGCAACGAGAAAUUCGCAUUAGAAGUAUCUUAGAAGAAGAUCACACGACACCAAUUACAAUUCAAGAAGAAUAAAAAAAACGCAAUUUGCGGGGAGCAAGAAGACUAUACGAUCGAAGUUCGCGAUGAUAGACAUAUUGAGGACGCACGCAAUCAUCGUUUAUAAAUAACAAACGGAAAAAGAUCGCGUAAGGAAGCAUCAUCACACAAGACAAAGCUAACUGCAUCGUAGCCUGGCGUGCAGUAAAAUACGCGGUUUCCCGCUGUUUGUCCACAAAGGUGUUCUGCGGUAUCUGCCUGCGAGCUGCAGGCUGAAAGGAGACAGAAGAGGCGAAGGUAUUCGGGGAGAAGAAGGACUUAGUCCCGGGACCAGAAACGAAGAGAGCCUGAUCGAAAUCCCACUCUUCUCUAGGUAGAAUCUGUGACGUCAGCCUGGAGCAAGUUGCAUGACCAGUUUGCUGGUUAAAAAAAAAAAGGCAAAAGAGGCAGAAGAAAAGGAAGAAAAAAAGAGGAAGGAGAGCGGGAGAAAUAUAGGAGGAGGCAAUAGUCUUCUCUCUCACAUUCAUCCGCGGUUGCGUUUUUACCGGUCGGUUUUACUCUGCAGCAUCUCGCGCCGCCAUGUCAUCCGCGCACCACGACAUCCAUCAGCAGCAGUAACGCGUUUUCCCCUACUUCUCUCUUCUUUCUCUCUCUAUCUGCCUUUUCGCGGCAUCCAUUCAGUGUGGCAGUUGUGCCGGACUAAAAUUACCCCCGGUCGGCUUGAUCGCUGGCGAUCUAAGCGCAAGUGAAGUGCUCGACUCCAGCGUGGAACGUUUCGGAGCCUGUCGCGACGAGGAGGCGCAUCUCUUGAUGGCGGUUUGUGAUGCAUCAAAUGUGUGAAACAGACGUCGCGUAACACCAGGGACCAGUGAUAUAAUUGUUUUGUGAUAUGAUCGAGAAGCUCUGCGCGCUCAGCAUCGAUCUUGAUGAGGUGCACGUCAUUCUGAAUGGCUUGAUGAAUAAUACAGGCAUUCGGAGUCUAUAUAGCGGAGGUGAAAGAGACCGAAAGGUCAUCCGUCGACAAAUCGAUGUAUAGACUCGCGUAAUACUUGAAUCUUUCCUCAUCAAAACCUCAUCGAAUCAUUCGGGGAUCUUGAAGAGAAACUUGGUCAAUUUUUUCUCUCUCUCUCUUUCUCUUCCAAUGUGUGAAAGAUAAACGUAAAGAUCACACUUGUAUAUCAGUGCGCAUGGAUGUCGUUGAAUGAUAGUUGGAUACUGCGAAUGGUUCACCAAAGGUACUUAAAAUCGCCAACAGUUCAUUGUAUUUGGAUACUUGACGCGAGUGAUACUGUUCAUCGUGAAAACAUCGCUGCUCGAGAGAAAUGGGAAACCACCCAUCCGCCCACCAGCCACUCGAGAGGGCUACCAGCCAUGCUGGAAAUGGUCUUCGUCUCUCGAAGCGCGAGAGAUCGCCGGGAAAAAGAAUGGAUCGGCUUCGACGGAGCUUCCGGGACAGCUUCCGUCGACGGAAAGAGUCUCACGUACCCGAGUCCAGCAAGCCCCAUCAAUGGCAAGCUGAUGAAAGUGCAGUACGUUCAGCCACGUGCGCUUUUCACGUCAAGUACCUGGGAUGCGUAGAGGUAUUCGAAUCGAGGGGUAUGCAGGUUUGCGAGGAAGCUCUUAAAGUUCUCCGAAAUUCGAGACGAAGACCGGUGCGGGCGAUACUUCAUGUAUCCGGUGACGGACUACGCGUUGUCGAGGACGAAACAAAGGGACUAAUUGUCGAUCAGACGAUUGAAAAGGUUUCAUUCUGUGCACCUGACAGAAAUCACGAGAAGGGAUUCAGUUACAUCUGCAGGGAUGGCACAACGAGACGAUGGAUGUGUCAUGGAUUUUUAGCGUUGAAAGAAUCGGGGGAAAGAUUGAGUCACGCAGUGGGUUGCGCCUUUGCUGCAUGUCUGGAAAGGAAACAGCGACGGGAUAAAGAAUGCGGAGUUACAAUGACAUUCGAUUCAAAGACUUCCACCUUUACGAGAAGCGGCAGCUUCCGGCAACCUAGUCUCACGGAACGGUUGCAGGAAUCACGCGAUCGUGCAGUAGAUGUUCCUCCAGUUAAACAGGUGUACAAUCCCUUUGCAAUCGAGAGGCCGCACGCCACUCCGUCUAUGCUAGAACGACAGGGUUCUUUUCGAGGUUUCACGCAGCUCAAUCAAGCAUCCCCAUUUAAAAGGCAGCUCAGUCUACGAGUCAAUGAUCUUCCUAGUAAUCUCGAACGCACACGUAGUCACAGUCUCGAGCCAACGGACUUGUCGCGAAUGCCGUCAGCUCUUUCGCACAUCGUACCUUUAAAGCCGCCAGAGUUCGAAGGAUAUGACGAAGUGAGUCCAAUACCAGAAAUAUCUCCCGGUGGUCAGGACAGCGUCUCUGCAAUGUGUCAGCAGCUUUCUCGAGGGCUUUCUCUGCUCUCGAGCAGCGACGACUUUGGACCAAUGCCGUCCCUUGCCGCGAGCUCCAUCGCUAAACAACUUUUCACGAGCACCAUCACUAACUCUCCUCCAGUAACGAGUAGCAGCUCAUUGGACGAGAUGAAACUGCAGAAUGGUCCCAGCAUCAAUAAUAACAACAACGAUAAUAACAAGAGCGACGAGCUCGGCGGUCUGAAUCACGUCGGGCCCAGUUGGCAAGAGUCGGCAUCCCCCGUUCUCGCGUCAAACCACAGGCUCACGCCUCUUCUUAAGACAAGCAACUUGAGUCCUGUUCUUCCAAGGACGAACGCGCCUACUCCGGUCAUUAUGAGCACACCGGCACCGUCGACAGCAAGCCCCGCUUUUAGCACAGCUUCUACGUCCUCUUUGGGAAAUACGUCUACGUCGGCUGUGAACAGAUCGCCGAUACCAAUAAGUUCGGCGAUGACACCGAAAACAAGUUCUCCCAGCGCCAGCGUAGCGUCCGUCUCCUCGGCAUUAUCCAUCUCGACAGACGUCGGCCAAGUUUCAUCGGCAACCAGUGUUCCGACAGCUUUAGUACAACCACUUUCCACGGCAGCCGGUUUGCCGAAACCAGAACAAUGGUUGGGCAGUAUAACCGGCUCGGUGCCGUCGCCGGGGUCGCAGCAGGUAGCUGCCAGUCCACGACGAGCACCUCCGCUUCACGCCAGAGCGCACUCGCUCGGGUCGGCCGCGAUGCAGGGCCAGGCUUCCAGAGGAGGACCCUCCGAUCCUUUCGACGUCGAGUGGGCAGAAAUCGCCGCCAGAAAUCUGCGGCAAUCGACCGCGACAACGAAUCCCUUCAUUAUGCCGAACGCGACCCAGGCGUUCCAAGUGCAGUUGUAGCGUCAGGAGUUCAUCAACAGCGUCGCUAAGUAUUUUCGCUCGAGCACAUAGCGGCAGUCCGCACGUUCGCGUUUCGACGUCGCGCACGAUCGAAAAUACUACACGUAAGCCGCCGUGUCCUUGGCCCGACCUCGAACACCGUCGAAUGCUGUCGCGCGCGUAAUGCCGCGGUCAAGCUUCUUCCGGUUGAAUAAUACGAGUUCUCUCUAAACAGGAGAGGACCCGGAAAAAAAAGAAGCCGGGUUCCGAAGGAGCACGACGACGAGCUUUCUCUUAUAUCGAGUCGGCAUUUAGUAGAACGACAGUAGCGCAGCGAACUUAAAAACCAGCACAAAAGAAAAAAUAUCAGCGUAAAAUACUUUAUAGAUAGAUAAGUAUACGCGCACAGCCUUAACGACCUCAGUAAAAAGUAAAAAAAUGGUACACGCAUAAACGCAUUAAAAACCAAGCAUAUAUGUUCGGGUGAUGUGACAGGGAGAUACACAAAAGUUUCAUGCACCGAAUAAUAACAGUGGCUUACAAGCUCGUCAGCCGCGAUUAUAUGGAGAAGCAAUAGACGUCGCGCGAAAUACCAACAACGGAUUUCCCGACAGUAUCGAUAAUUAUACUUCAAUGUCUGUCACGCGAUAUAUCGUAAUUGGAUAUCCCAAUUAUCUUGAGUAGAGUUAGGCUCGAACCGCGAGCGAGAUUAUCGUCGUUCUGCAUGAAAAAACGAAAUUGUACGCACCCAAGAUUAUACUGCACCCUUACCAUUUUUUUUUCUUUUUCAAGAGAGAACAAAUUACGCGUAGUGUAGUCGCUCUUCGUGAUCGUGUGUCCCGCGACCUGGAUCGCGAAAUGAUAAUCGUACCUUUCGCAGGAGGGAAACUUGCAUUUCCGGCGGGUUCACCCGGCUCAAGCAGACAAGCACGUUAGAUAGAUGUAGAGUGACAUUUCACCAUACGUGAACUGUCAUUAUGCAGGUGGAUUAACAUCCGCGUGAGGGACUGUGAUAUUGACGCGAAGUGGCCAGUACUUAAGCGAACAGGGUCGAAGAAGAAGUACUCGUGAGGAACUUGCUCAAGGUCGUCGUGCCGCGCGAUAACAGAGAGAAUAAGAGCGAUCGUGAGCUCGGGUACCGCGGACUCUAUCGUCCUGUAUAGCCGGCAGAAAACACCCAUAUAGAUUACUUAAAUAAAGAUUAGUUGUUGAAGGUUAUAGCGGAGAUAUUGUCUUACACUAUCGUCGUCUAUUAUAUAUAUAUAUACACACAUAUAUAUAUAUAUAUAUAUACACACACACACGAGCGUGUUGCAUUUAUCGUAAAGAUGGAGGAUCGCGGGAUGAUGAGAAAAUUCUCGCACGAGGACGACGCUCACGUCGAACGAUUUCCUUGAGAAUCUUAGACGGUGCUUCCGCUCUGUAAUAGGAAUAGCUGUGCGAAAAUCGUUCGUCGAGCCGAUCCUCGAAAAAAAGGUGCGAGUUCAUAUCUGACGAUCUGAUUGCAAUCGAGUGCAAGAAGAUUUUCCUCAGACCCGUAUAGUAAUAAUUGAUAGCGUCCCGCGAGAUAUCAGUAUUGCGCCUCUAGCAGCUUUCUGUCUUUCAAGUUAACGGCUGCACUUUCGGUUUUUCGAAACGGAUCGAGGGUAAAAGUCGAGGAAGGCCAAGGGAGAUAAUCACAAGAGGGAUAAUUGAGGCGCGUAUGUGUGUAGUUAUGCAUUGUACAUAGAUUAAUUAUUUAAAGUAUGACACGACAGUGUAUAGGAAAAGGAGGAAGAACGUAUGAAAAAGUUGCAAAGAAAGAACGUUAAUGGAAUCAUUCAUUAAACCGGCGACUCAGCAAUGAGACGAGAAAAAUUCUUCCUAGAUGAAAUUUAAUCGAUGUGUAAUAAUAUCUUAUAAAUAUGAUUUUAGGUGAUUAUAUUGAAGAGGAGACAUAGCACACAUAAUAUUUGCGCGAUCAUAUGAUAAAUCUGCGACUUAUAAUUUAUUUACGAGUUCGAUUAUAGCUCCUCCUAAUUCUUGCGUUAUUUUUAAGAAUAGCAGAUUUUGUCACACAUUCGCAGUCAUUCUGAUAAAUAUGUACGUAUAUGUACAAUAUUAUACAUGUAGACAUUCUUGCAAUACUCCACACCGAGAUACUUACGCAACAUAAGUUUUUGAUCGCGCGAUUUAAUUUCGAUGUCGCAUUAAAGUCGCGUCUCAAAUCGUAUCUAAUGUAAUUUAUUUAUUUAGCCACGCUGUGAACGUGAAGCGUACCUACAUAUAUAUAUCGAUAUUCUUCCACACGGCGAGUAUUGUUUAAGAAGUAUUAUCGCUUCAUUUGCCUAAUAGAUCUUAAUCAGAAAAUUGAUUUAGAAAGAAAUUGUUAAUUGGCGAUUAUGAAUGCGAAGGAUACAUCCAUCUAUGUCUGCGAGAGAAAUUUUUGCCGUCACCGUUGCGAGUUGUUCGGCGAAAAUGGACUUGGUUUUUUCGAACCACCUUCCGUCCGUCCCGAAAAUCAAAAGGUAAAAAAAAAGAGAUAACAAAAUUAAAAGCGCGAUGAAAAUUUAAACAAACACUGUAAAGUAGGCAGCAGGGAACGAUUGAGUACUUAUUGCGGUACUUAUGCGAGAGAAUAUCGGUUAAUCAAUGUACUUAAAUAUUAAUGCACGUAGAGAGAUCGUUGCUGGCGAAAUCGCUAAUCGACGCACGUCGUCGACGUCUUCGUCUUUAUUCGUUCUUUUCGUAUUUUUCUCUCGUUUUUUUAUUAUCUUUGAAAUUGAAAAAUUUCUUCCGUUACUUCGUUUUUGUGUCCUCGAGAAGGAGAGAGAGAAAAAGAACGAGAAAAAAUGUGUACAUAACGCAGGAUAGUGAUUCGUUAUAACUUUAUCACAUUUACGUACUUACUGUUUUCUUUUUCCUUUUACGUUUCUUGGUCGAUGUACGCGCUAACUCACAUUUGACUAGGAUCGAAAAGGAGCGAUAGCAGCGUCUUGGCUGAUGUUACAUCCGCUUUUACAACGCUUUUGCGACGUAUCCGGGCGUAUAUUUGAUGCUUCUUUACUUUUGUCGUCAUUUUUCAUCAAAAAGUAAAUCUCGUUUGUUUGUGACUAUUCUUUUUAUCGCGCCCGGAAAAGCGCGAGGAUUAGCCAGGACGCGUUCCGGUGUCUCGUUCGACUGAAACAGACAAGUGCAUUUAAAAAAUAUAUAUAUAACAGUGACACACACAUAAAAAUAUAUAUAAAUACAGACAGUUUUACACACAUACAGAACUACUUACCUAGAGAAGGAGACGCCGGGACAAGAGUAUAGGCGAAUAGAUGCACCGCGUGCCAAAUUCAAAAGUGCAACCGCGUUGCCUGCCAAUUGGUACAUCGCGCACGCUUCCGUGGUUGUGUUGUACAUAGUGUCGCCGGUCGAUUCCUGGAUCAACGUACGACUUAAUGCGUGUAUAUUUCGUAAAGGUAUCCUUGUUCAUUUUACAUUGUAUCUGCCACUGUAAAAAUACGAUUUAUUAUAUAAUAUCUGUUGUGAUUAUGAAA